AGAAAAAACAGACGUCCAGUAGUCUGUAUGUAUACACCCAUGUAUUUACUGUACUCAUAAAAGGUCAACAAUUGAAGACAAAGGCUUUGGGAAGAAGAAAAGAAUAUCAGUUUCUUAGCUUUAUAUAAACCCACAUCUCUGUUUAUCUUUACUUGAAAAGAACAAGAGAUGAAGAUAACUAUAAUGACUGCUGAUGAGCAAAUCAUCACUUUAGACGUCGAUCGUGAUGAAUCUGUGGAAAACUUGAAAGCCCUUCUUGAAGUUGAGACACAAGUGGCAUUGCAGCAACAACAGUUGUUGUACAAUGGGAAGGAGAUGAGGAAUGGUGAAAAGUUGAGUGUUCUUGGAUUGAGUGAUGGUGAUUUGGUUAUGAUGGUUUCUGGUUCAUCAACUCCUAGUCCAUCAGCCAAUGAGCUGAGCUUUAACCAGGAUGGAUCUGCAGUGAAUCCUGCAGCAUUCCAGCAGCAUAUUCGCGGCGAUUCCAACUUGAUGUCACAAUUGUUUCAGACUGAUCCACAGUUAGCUCAAGCUAUUCUUGGGAAUGAUCUCAAUAAGCUACAACAGCUUCUAAGGGAGCGUAAUCGUCAUAAAUCUGAAAUGCGGCGUCAACAAGACGAGGAAUUAGCAUUGCUGUAUGCAGAUCCUUUUGAUGUGGAAGCUCAGAAGAAAAUUGAAGCUGCAAUUCGCCAGAAAAGUAUUGAUGAGAACUGGGAAGCUGCUAUAGAACACAAUCCUGAAGCUUUUGGAAGAGUGGUCAUGUUGUACGUUGACAUGGAAGUCAAUGGCGUCCCUUUAAAGGCAUUUGUUGAUAGUGGAGCUCAGUCGACUAUUAUAUCCAAAAGCUGUGCCGAGCGCUGUGGAUUGUUGAGGCUUUUGGAUCCUCGUUUCAAGGGCAUAGCUCAUGGAGUUGGUCAGUCAGAAAUUCUUGGUCGGAUACAUGUUGCUCCUAUCAAGAUUGGGAGUAUAUUCUACCCUUGUUCGUUCUUGGUACUGGAUGCUCCAAACAUGGAAUUCCUCUUUGGUCUGGAUAUGCUCCGUAAGCACCAGUGUAUGAUUGAUUUGAAGGACAAUGUCCUAAGAAUUGGCGGUGGAGAGGUUGCAGUACCAUUUUUGCAAGAGAAAGAUAUUCCACCCCGGUAUCUGGAUGAAGAGAGAUUUGCCCAGGAAGCAUCCAGCUCAGGAGCCCAGGUUACAUCUGGGGCCACUGAGAAGAGUGCUGUGCCAACAGGGGGACAAUCUUCUGGAGCUGGCAGUGGAAGUGCCACCCAGGGCUCUGAGUUUGAAGCUAAAGUUACCAAGCUAGUUGAACUUGGGUUUGGAAGAGAAGCUGUGGUACAAGCUCUAAAAUUCUUUGAUGGCAACGAAGAGCAGGCAGCAGGAUAUCUUUUUGGGGGCUGACAGCGUCCAUUAAUCUUAUGUUUACACAACAUUUUAUUCUUGCAACAAAGAUAGUGUACACUAAGGCGCUGAUUAACGCAAAAUGCUUGAUUUUGAAUGAGAAAUUGCAGUUGAAAGAUGUUAAAGAUUUAUAUGAAGAUACAUUAGAUGCUUCACUUA